GCAGCGCAACACAAAGUUGCAGAGCAUCUCUGAGUCCCCGCCUGCUUUGCAUUCACUAGCUAUCUGUCACACCUGCAGCCUGCCUCUCCUCCAGACUACUACCGUUACUUUACUUCAACCUUUACCCACGUCAACAGUUUGAGCAGGUCCACCCGAUCAAGGUGUGCCUCGACGCGUUUGAAAGAUGCUGGCUUGUACGGAGAUGAUCACUAUGUGCCUGCAGUCGGCCAAACAGAAGCAUCUCCGGGCUCAGCAGCAACAGCAGCCGCUGCACAGCGCCGGACAAGGGCUUACUAUCUUUCAUGAUAUUUUCCGCCGAGCAGACAAAAAUGAUGAUGGCAAGCUGUCAUUCGAAGAGUUCAAUGUUUACUUUGCGGAUGGGAUUCUGACUACUGAGGAGCUACAGGAGCUUUUCUAUUCCAUAGAUGGUCGACAAAAUAACAAUCUGGACACUGACAAGCUAUCAGAUUAUUUUUCUCAGCACCUGGGGGAGUAUCUCAAUGUACUUUCAGCUCUGGAGAGCCUGAAUGUUGCCAUUUUAAAGGCAAUGGAUAAAACUAAAGAGGAGUACCUGGGUUCCAGUGUGUUGGGCCAGUUUGUCACCAGGUUCAUGCUAAGAGAGACAUCCAGUCAGCUACUGUCCCUACAGAGAUCCCUGCAGUGUGCCAUGGAGGCUGUUGAAGAGCAGAGCAGCCCUGCCCCGAGAGAGGUAAAGGCACCGGAGCUGACAGCAGUACAGAGGAAUGGUAGGCGGUGUGGUCGCAGGAUCCAUAAUAACCUGUCCAUGUCCCCAUCAGACCCCUGCUCUAGCAUCCUGACCACGGGUGUGUGCAUGGAAGAUGGAGAGAACUGGUGCUCUCAAAUCAACAGGCUGCAGCUGCUGCUGGAUAAACUGGAGUGUCAGGGUCCGAAGUUGGAGCCACUGAAAGAGGAUACGCUGGCCAGCACGUACAAGUCUAACAUCCUGCUGGUUCAGAGGCAGAUGUCAGUGACCGAUGAAAAUCUGGACAACUUCCGGAAAGUUCUGAAGAGCUACAUCGAAGCCACCGCAGCCCAGUCCGACAACCUGCAUGUGUCCGUUCAGAAGCUCCCAGGAAAGUUGUGUUACAUAAUGCAUGAGUUCUGGCAGGACCGCAUCUCCUGGAUGAGCUACCUGCAGUCCAACAGCAGUAAAGAUUUCCAGCGCUGCGUCAUCGACAUGUUGGAGAAUGCUGAAGUAGUUUCUACCAUGUUGCUCCCAGCUUCCUGGUGGAUAAUGACUAACAACUAGCAACUGAAUCCAGAAUGUCACAUCUACUGCCUACACUGUCACACGGACAAAGACACGCUGGCGCAUCAACCCACCCACGCACGCACGCACACACACACACACAUACGCACACACACACACACACACACACACACACACACACACACACACACACACACACACACACACACACACACACACACACACACACAGACAGAAGAAUUCAAGAGGCAUCCAUGUGUUUGAAAGCAACAGGAGACAGAGACAAUGACGCCAUACAGCAUUCUCCAGCAGCAUCUUUAAUCUUCCUCUGUCUGCGACUGCUCAUUAUUGUGCCGCUUAUAUCAAUGCCGCCUAUAGUCAAUCUAUUGACUUGAAAGUGACGGAUUCUCCGCAAUGCAAAAGCCUUUUAUUCUCAAAACCCUGUCUCUUACUCGGCUGCCUCUCUCUUGCAGUGCUUGUCUUAUAUUAUGCCAGUGGAGAACAACCAAAAAGACAAUAGUGUAGGCUACUAGAGCAAAUCCAAUUUAAUAAAAAUGACUAUUGCCAGUAGUGUUAUUGUGCUUUUGAUGAGUUGUUUACUGUUGAAUACAACUAAAUGGGAAGAAAAGCAGAGAGGAUGAAGGGUUACUGCAGUGUAAACAUGCAUGCUGAUGAUUGUGGCCAAGAGCUUUCAGUAAUAGCUCCUUUAAAUCUUGGCUGUAUAUGCUGUAUGAUACUGUAGCACUGUUUUUCUUAGCUAUCCUACUUUUAUGUGCACAGAAAGUUAAAACAAGCUAUUAUCUAAAAAGCUACCCCUGCCCUGACAUCUCUCUAUUGCUAGAUAUACGAGUGCGCCGUUACUUAUAUUAGUUACAUCUCUGAGACACACUCUUUGUCUCGAAUGUAAAUGUAUCUCUAAAAGUGGGGACACUUUGUGAGGAUAUUUUAAUUGUGUCACUAAGUGAGGAAGAGAAAAUAUAUUUAAUGUAUUUAUUUUGAUCAUGGUAGAGUUUAUUUCAUCUGUACAUAUGGAACUCGGAUAUAUUAAUAUUUCUGUUGUGUUUUGGUUCAGUCAUGUACCCCGACAAUUGUAAACAAACGGGAAAGCAACUUUAAUAAAAUCAUUAAAGCUA